AUGACAACACAUAAUCAUAGUAUUGAUUCAAUGAGAAAAAUCUAUGAUCAUGUUUGGCAUUGGAUAGUUAAACAGACAUAUGAAAUAACAGAUUCACCCAUAAAUUCAACGAAUACAAAUCGAAAAACUAAAUCAACUACAAUUGAAAAUUCUCAACAAACAAAAUCUUGUCAAAAUAUGAAAUGCAUUGUUUCACCUAAACAAAUUAUAAAUUCAACAACAAAACGUAUGACACCCGAUUAUUCAGAUAUGGAACGAAACAAUAUUUAUGCUGAAACACGAUCAAAACCUAAAUCAAAUUCUUCAUCAUCUGUAUUACCACCAACAUUUGUUAAUGGUACAAAUCAUUAUAUGCCUAUUCUUCAACAAAGACGCCCUCCAAAUACAUCAAAUCAUAAUGAUAAUAAUGUACGAAAUUUAAAUAGUACAUCAAGUUCAUCAAUGUCAUCAUUUUCAACAGCAACUUGUUCAUCACGAUCUACUACACCAUCGAAUUCAUAUCGUCAUGAUACAACAUCCAUAAUGACACGUUCAGCUGAUGCAUCAUCAUCAUGUGGAUUAAUAAUACAAACAAAAAACGGAACAAAUAAUACUAAAUCAAAGUCAACAUAUGAUAUUGAUACAUCAACAAUGGAUCGAUCAAGAACACAAACAAAAGAUAAUUUGAAUAAUAAUAGUAAAUGUUUAAAUAUGAUUACAAAUGGAAAUUUUGUACCAUUACAAUCUGUCAAAGAAGAUGAAUGUCUUGAAGUUGAUAAUGAUACGAAUAAAAUUCGUUUACAACAUGACGAUGAACAACAACGUAUGCUCAUUGACAUACUCAAACAGAAAUAUCCACGACAACAUCUCUCUUCAUCAUCAGCUGUAUCGACACCAAUGAUGCCACGAACAAAUUCACCUCAUCAACGUUCAUCAUCGACUGAUCCAAUUGAAGAUGAAUUAAUGGCAGGAACUAGGAAUGGUUUUACGCGUGGUCAACGUAUUCGUUCAAGUCUUCCAUUCAUCAUAAAACCUGCUACAAACAAUUCGAAAUCGAAUUCACUUGGUCUCUGCUUUUUAAUAUGUGGUGAUGAAACAAAAAAAGUUCUUCUACCAUCCUAUAUUUCAUGCCUAGAUACACUCAAAGCACUUUUUGUUCGAGCAUUUCCGCAACAUCUAACAAUGAAACAUAUGGAUGCCGACGACGUACGGAUUUAUAUACGUGAACCCGAUAAAGAUAUUUUUUAUCAACUAGAAGAUAUGAGUGAUGUCAAAGAUCGUUCCGUCCUAAAAGUCGUUCAAUUGAAUAACAAUAAUAAUAAUAAUAAUAAUAAUAAUAAUAAUAAAACACAAGUUUCUUUUAAACAAUCCGAAUCCGAUGACAUAUCUAUUUAUGUUCCGUUUACAUCACGUCCAUCACUUGCAAGUGAAAUAACUUAUCAACGUUUAAGUCGUCUUGGUCGUAUGCCAUCAACAACAUCUAUUCCAUCAACAUCAUCAAGAAAUGCAUCAAUCGAAGAUAAAUCAACAUCAUCGACACCAGCACAUCCACAAAUAUCAUCUAAUUCUUCUUCAUCUCGUUCUCUUAGUGAACCAAGACGUCGAUCAGCUACUAAAGAAACAGCUUCUAGUGUUAAUAAUCAAACGUCUACAAAUUCGAAUUUAAUCCCUCCACAGGCUAUAGCAUCAUCUCCAAGAAGUGGUUCAACAACACCGACAACACCUCGAGUUGGUGAUGAUGAAUCUCGUAAAAUGGCUUGGAUGGAAAAACAACUUGAAUCAUUAACUGAGCUUGUUAAAGAAUUAACUCGUGAACGAGCUCUUAAUGAACAACAAUUAUCAACAAGAACAGGAAUCUACAGAGACAUUAAUAGUAAGCCAUUACGUCAGCAAUUAUAUGAAUUGAAAGUAAAAACCCAUACAUUACGUAAUGAUUUAAUAUCAAUACGACGCAUGCAACAGACAUUACAAGAAAAUUUCAAAAUACAAUUAGGAGAUGCGAACAAAAAAAUAGAAGAUUAUAUUUUACGUUUAUAUCGUAUUGAAACCCGUUCCGAACAAUUUCGUACUGUUGAAAAUGAACUUGAUUUAUAUAUAAUAAAUAGUACGAAAAUUGAUCGAGACUUAGAAGAUUUAGAAGCAUCAGUCGAAGAAUUACAAAAUGAUGUUAAAUCUAAACAAUGUUAUGUAACAAUGAAUGAUGUUGAAAGUUUUGCUUUAGUUUUAAGUACAAUUAGUCGUUCAUUAGUCGAUUUGAAAGCUUCAUUUCCAGUAUUACGUGAAAAAAUUUCUUCACUUGGUCAACAAUCAACAUUAAAUGACGAUCAGAAAUUUUUACAUGAAGAACCCGAACGUCUUGAUUAUACCAUUAAAAAAUGUAAACGUUUAACUACAAUGCUUUAUCAACUCAAACGAUUAGCUGUUACUCAAGAACAAAAAUUAGUAUCACAAAAACCACGAUGUCAACUUUCAUUUGGUUCAAAUGGGAAACAAGUUGAUCGUAAACGUUUAUUAGAACAAAUAGAAUCAGUAACACAAAAUUCUGAUGGUCGCGUAAAAGCUAUUGAGAAAGCAGAAAAAUUACGAGAACGUCGUUUACACUAUGCCAAUCAAUUAGAUUUACUCAAACAAAUGAAAUAUACAUCUGAACAGAUGGAUGGACAUGAUUCAGGACAGUGUUUCGAUACACGAAGUUUAACAAAUUCAAUUUUACUAUCAUCAAGUACACGAACAAGUAUAUGUUCAACACAAUCAACAACAGAUUCAACAGCGUUAUCAAAUAAUUGUCCAUCACCAUCACUUUCAUAUAUUGUUCGUCAAGCAGUAAUUUCUCCUACAAAUGCACCAAUCAUAAUACAUGAUACAAAAACUCGUUCACAAACAUCAAUAAAACAACCAACAAAAGUAACAUUUUCUCAACAAUUAAUAACAAAUGGAAAAUCUUCAACAAAUUCACGUGAUCAUUCAACUGAUUCAUAUUUAUCAACAAAUGGUAUGUGUAUAAAUAAAAAAAGCAAGCCAACACCACCACCUCGUAUACAAAGUACAUCGUCAUCGGCUGUUUCAAGUGCAGCAUCAUGUUCAUCAUCAUCUAGUUCAUCAUCAUCAAAUAGUAGUGCAAAUUCACGUUCAACAAAUGGUUUUUGUGGUAUUAUACCACUUGUUAUUUCGCCUGAUCGUCGUCAUAGUGGACGAUGUAAUUCAUUUUCAUCAUCAAGUACUGAUACGGACUCAGUUAUUUCAAAUCCUCGUGGAACUAUUUCACAUAAAUCACCAACAGUCAAUAAUACAAAACCAAUAUUAAUAUCAAAUGGUUUUCAUCAUAAAACAUCAACAUCAACUAAUGCAACAGCAUUAAUGCGAGCUUCGGUUACUGAUCUGUAG